AUGGGUGAUCUCUUAUUAACCACAACAAAAAAUAAAUUCACAGAGAGCGACGAUUCAGAGCUUAGAAAUCUCGUGCAAGAGUAUGGCAAAGACUGGAAACUUAUAGCUGAUAAAAUCAAAACGAAAAAUGCACGUCAAUGCAGAGACCGUUAUGAAAAAUACUUAGCUCCUAAUCUCAAAUCCGAACCUUUCACAAUUGAUGAGGACAUACAAUUACUGACUCUAUUUAAAAAAUUGGGUUGCAGAUGGAUCAAAAUCUCACAGAUGAUGGAAGGACGGUCAGAUGUUGCCAUUAAAGCUAGGUUCAGGCUCCUCAAACGCCAUGGAAAAACUAUUCAGAAUUUAAAAUCCGAUAAACUCAAGCUAAACAAAGAUACUACACCUCCAAACAAUACCAAAGAUAUCAUUACAUUAGAUUUUGAGAGCGAAGCUCGUACUUUUGAUGAAGAUUUGCUUACAUUAUUUAUUUAA